GAACGCAAUUCAUUUUGGAUAAAGCCUUUUGUUUUUCCUUCUUCGUUACGCUGUUUCUGGUUCGGUUUCUGCUCUUUCUUCAGCUCUCUCCCUAAGAAUUUCUUCUGCCCUUCAAAUGGCAUCGUAGAGUGAGAUCGCUUUCAUAGUGCUUGAAGAUGGGAGUGCUGUCCAAUAAGAUUUCGAGGGAGGAGUUGAAGCCGGGGGAUCACGUCUAUUCUUGGAGGCAGGCCUAUAUAUACGCUCAUCACGGGAUUUAUAUUGGUGACGGAAAGGUGAUCCACUUCACUCGGGGAGGAGGUUUGGAGAUUGGCUCAGGAACUGCAUUAGACCGAAUCUUUCUUAGUUCAUCUCCUCAUUCUCCAGACAAUCCAUGCCCUGUAUGCGGUGAUCAGUCAAGUGGUGAUGGUGUAAUCUGUUCAUGCUUGGAUUGUUUUCUUUCGGGCGGUGAUCUCUACAUCUUUGAAUAUGGUGUCACGUCUGCAUUCUUUCUCGCAAAAGCCCGUGGCGGGACCUGCACUCUUGCUUCUUCUGACUCAUCUGAAGUUGUCCUUCAUCGUGCUUCUUUUCUCCUCCAAAAUGGCUUUGGUAUGUACAACAUAUUCAAGAACAACUGUGAAGACUUUGCCAUCUAUUGUAAAACAGGGUUGCUUGUUUACUCUACCCUCAGCGUCGGUAGGAGUGGGCAGGCUGCAUCGGUUCUCGCUGCCACAAGUGCAAUAGUUUCUUCACCACUUCGAUAUUUAACCACUAGUUUCAGCGGUCUGGCAUUUGUGGGGUUGGGUAUGUAUUGUGCUAGUCGAUUUGUUUCUGACAUCGGAGUGCGUCGUGAUGUCAUUAAAAUCCCCGUCGAGCAACUCGUUGCUAGAGCCAGCAGCAGCAGCAAUGCUCCAGACGCAGCAACGCAAGCACAGACAGGCAAGGAGGAGUAGUGUUGUCGUUGGUAUUAAUUAAACCACAGGAUUGUGUUGAACUGUGACAAUCGAUUCUUUAGUAUGGACCCGCUUGCUUUAAUUGUAUCCUCAUUGUUGUAACUGAAACUACCGUUUAUUUCAUGUUUGACAUCUUGGAUUCAGUGAUGACGUUUUACUAUGUUUAUUGUUUAUUUAGAAGGUGACUUUUAGUAUGAUGAAGAUUUAACAUGUUUUGA